UUUCCACGGUGAAGACUCCUCUUGCGGUCGUUCAAAGUAGCUCUCUGCUCGUCUCCCCUCCCUGGUGCCGCUUCUUUCUCUCUCCUCCUCUCUCUCGGAUGGCGGUGGAGGCGGCGAAGGCUGAGCUCCUGUGAGGUUUGGUUCCCUGUGAAAGGCAAGUGAAGAUCGACGAGAAGUGCCCGCGCGCUUUACGGACGCUCGGAGUGGGGAUGGGGGUAGGCUACUUGUUCUGCUGUACAAAAUCAUCGAAUAGUAAGGAGCCGGUGAAUAAGGCGGUGCCGAGAUGGAGGGUUUUCUCCCUCAAGGAGCUGCAUUCGGCCACCAACAACUUCAAUUAUGAUAACAAGCUAGGCGAAGGGGCGUUUGGUAGCGUGUACUGGGGUCAGCUGUGGGAUGGAUCUCAGAUUGCAGUGAAAAGACUAAAAACAUGGAGCAGCAAAGCUGAGAUGGAAUUUGCUGUCGAGAUCCAGGUUUUGGCUAGAGUUAGGCAUGAAAAUCUGCUGAGUUUACGUGGAUAUUGUGCUGAAGGGAAAGAACGUCUCAUAGUGUAUGACUAUAUGCCUAACUUGAGUUUGUUGUCCCAUCUACACGGACAUCAUGCAGUAGGAGGUCAUCUUGAUUGGGGAAGGCGGAUGAAUAUAGCAAUUGGCUCAGCUGAGGGGAUAGCUUAUCUUCAUCACCAUGCUACACCUCAUAUCAUCCACAGAGACAUCAAAGCAAGUAAUAUCUUGCUCGACUCAGAGUUCCAGGCCCGGGUUGCAGAUUUUGGAUUUGCCAAGCUGAUUCCAGAUGGUGUAACGCAUGUGACCACGAGAGUGAAAGGCACUCUAGGGUAUCUUGCACCAGAGUAUGCUAUGUUAGGGAAGGCCAAAGAAAGUUGCGAUGUCUACAGCUUUGGUGUGUUGCUUCUGGAGCUUUUAAGUGGAAGAAAGCCUAUCGAUCAGUCAAGCUUGACAUCACACCAAACGAUCAUAGAGUGGGCAUUUCCGCUGGCUCGGCGGCAAAGAUUUGAAGAAAUUGCAGAUCCAAAGCUGAGUGGGAAAUUUGUGAAAGGAGAGUUGAGGAGAUUGGUGCUCGUCGCCCUCAUCUGUGCUCAGAAUAAGCCGGAGAAGAGACCUAUAAUGCUCGAUGUGGUUGACAUGCUUAAAGGAGUGUCAAAAGAGAAGCUACUCAAUUUAGAAGACAACGAGUUGUUCAAGGAAGACCCAAUCCCCAGUCACUGAAGGUUCACAAUUUCAGAGGAUAGCGGAAAUUCUAUGGAUGCAUGCAUGGGUUAGUGAUAAUGUCCAAGUACACAUCAGGAUCAACUGGUUGAAGGCUGUUGUUAGUUGUUUGAGUUCGUUGGUUGUGACAGUGGAGAAUCCAAGGUUUAGUUAAGUGAUGCAAGUGUAGGUACCUUGAGAUUCUGAGAACAUGACUAGAUACUGUAUUAUCUUAUCCUCUCUCUCUUUCAAAUCAUAAUACAUGUUAAAGACUUUAAAUACGAGCUAAGUUGAUAUAUUUUCCUUCA